AAAACCUAAAAGGCAAAUGCCCAUCUGUCUCUCAGUACAAAGCUAAGACUUAACAAAUUUCAUUCCAUCAACUCAACCUAGACCUCUCUCUCUCUCUCUCUCCUGCUUCCACACAACAACAACAACAAUGGUGCUUAUAUCCAAGCCAGCUCUUGAACAGUUCUCGUUUAUAAGAAACAGAAAACCUACCACAGUUUUUUCUGGAAUCCCUCUAAUAGACCUCUCAAAACCUGACUCCAAGCACCUACUGGUUGAGGCAUGCGAGGAAUUUGGAUUUUUCAAGGUAAUCAACCAUGGAGUGCCUAUGGAAUUCAUAUCCAAGCUGGAAUCUGAAGCUGUCAAUUUCUUCUCAUUACCGCUCUCUGAGAAAGAAAAAGUAGGCCCUCCUAGCCCCUUUGGCUAUGGUAACAAAAGCAUUGGACAAAAUGGUGAUGUGGGCUGGGUAGAAUACCUUCUCUUAACCACUAAUCAAGAAUCAAUUUCUCAGAGGUUCUCUUCAGUUUUUGGUGACAACCCAGAAAAGUUUCGGUGUGCUUUAAAUGAUUAUGUAUCAGCUGUGAAGAAAAUGGCAUGUGAGAUUCUUGAAAUGAUGGCUGAUGGUCUAAAACUUCAACAAAGAAAUGUGUUUAGUAAACUUUUGAUGGAUGAACAGAGUGACUCUGUUUUUAGGCUAAAUCACUACCCUCCAUGCCCAGAAAUUGAAGCAUUGACUGACCAAAACAUGAUUGGAUUUGGAGAGCAUACAGACCCACAAAUCAUUUCUGUGUUAAGAUCCAACAACACUUCUGGCCUGCAAAUCUCUCUCAGUGAUGGCAGCUGGAUUUCAGUUCCACCUGAUCAGAACUCAUUUUUUGUCAAUGUUGGUGACUCAUUACAGGUUAUGACUAAUGGGAGGUUUAAGAGUGUCAGGCACAGGGUUUUGACCAACAGCAUGAAAGCUAGAGUUUCAAUGAUUUAUUUUGGUGGACCACCUUUGAGUGAGAAAAUAGCUCCAUUGCCCUCGCUCAUAAAAGGAAAGGAAAGCUUGUACAAAGAAUUUACAUGGUUCGAGUACAAAAGAUCUGCCUACAGCUCCAGAUUGGCUGAUAAUAGGCUUGUCCUCUUUGAGAGAAUAGCAGCCUCGUAAGCACACAAAAUCAAGUCUCGCAUGUUUGGUAAAUGGUCUUGUCAAAUACGUCAAAAAAAAAAAAAAAGGUUUAGAAAGGCUUAUUAGACGUAUAAGGAAUCAAUACUUUGUAUUUUCUGUUUUUACUUUGUUCUUCCUCGACUCUCUCCAAUUUUUGUUUUCCACACUUCAUGUAAUCACUUUUCUUGUUAAUAAAACUACUUUAGCUUCA